AUGCGAAUGCCAAUAUACACUCUUUUAGUGUCAAUAAUCACUCUUUCGGUGUCAACGAAUACAUUAGCUGACAAAAAAGUUGUUUGCUAUGUAGCUGAUUGGACUGCUUGGCGUUCUGGACCUGGAAAAUUUGAUAUCGACAAUGUUGAUACCAACCUCUGUACUCAUGUAAUUUAUGCAUUUGUCGAUUUAACUGGUGAUUCUGGUAUCACUGCACCAGCCAGAGGUGCUGAUGGUUUAGAUAAAUUAAGAAAUCUCAAAAAUUCUAAUCCAAAUGUCAAUAUAAUGGUAGCAGUUGGUGGUUGGUCUGAGGCAUCAACUAAAUUUUCACCAUUAGCUUCGAAUGCAGCUUCUCGAGGACAAUUUGUUCAAAAUGUUAUUAAUUUUAUGAAUGAAUGGAACCUUGAUGGUUUGGAUAUAGAUUGGGAAUAUCCAACACAACGUGAUGGAUCGACUCCUGAAGAUGUUGAUAAUUACGUUGCUCUUGUUAGAGAUUUAAAAGAAGGAUUUUCAACUCAACAAAAAAAUUAUCAAUUAUCAGCUGCUGUUUCUGCUGGUAUUGGCACUGCAUCUCAAGCAUAUAGAAUUAAUGAAAUAAGUCAAUAUCUUGAUUUUAUUAAUCUCAUGGCAUAUGAUUUUCAUGGAAGUUGGGAAUCGCAAACUGGCAUGCAUUCUGGUCUUUAUGGAAAUGAUCAAUUGACUGUAGAUGCUGCUGUUAGUUACUGGCUUGAUCAAGGCUGUCCACCAGAUAAAUUAGUUGUUGGAGUUCCACUUUAUGGAAAAUCUUGGACUCUAGCUGAUCCAAAUAACAAUGGUGUUGGAGCACCAGCCUCUGGGGCAGGAGAUCCUGGUGAAUUUUCACAGGCAGCAGGUUCACUUUGUUACUAUGAAAUUUGCCAAAAAAUAUCAAAUGAAGGCUGGAAUUUACAACUCGAUGAUACAAGCAAAACACCAUAUGCAUUCAAUGGCAAUCAGUGGGUCAGCUUUGAUAAUGUCCAAUCGAUUAAUGAAAAAGUUCAAUACAUUAAAAAUCGACAACUUGGUGGUGGUAUGGUCUGGGCAAUUGAUAAUGAUGAUACAACUGGUAUUUGUGGUGAACGUUAUCCACUUUUAACAGCUCUCAAUGAAGUUCGUCGUUGA